AACGUGGAAUGGUCUGGUCCGAAAAACAAUGGACAAGGAGUAUGACAUGGCUAUUGGACCCAUAAGUCUUACAGCUGAACGAGAGGAAGUCGUUGAUUACACAACACCAGUCAUGGAAGACGGGGCUGGACUCAUUCUAAGAAAAUUUGAAGACACUUAUGGCAAAAUAUUUCGAUCUUUUAAACCAUUCACCCUGAAUGUGUGGAUUACAAUAGGUUUUGUUUUACUCGCCGUUGGGCUGAUUUUGGGUUUUGUGGAUAAGGUCAGCCCCUAUCGAGGUAAAACUAGUGAAAUAGGACAGGAGGUAAAGACUACAAGUGUUGCAGAUGAUAUUUGGAUUGUGUACGGGUCUUAUAUGGAACAGGGUACUGAGUUUACUCCGUCUAAUGCCUCGGGUCGUUUUAUUUUGGGCUUCUGGUGGAUCUUUACUAUAUUAAUCAUCUCGUCGUACACGGCCAGUUUAGCUGCCUUUCUCACCGUCGCUUUCUUUGAUAAACCAAUCAAGACCAUUGAUGAUCUGACGUCACAAUCUGAAAUCAAACCACUCGUCAAACAAGGGUCUAAUUUAUACACACUAUUAAAGAAAGGAGAAACGGAACGAUACAGGAAAUUGUAUGAACUUUUAAAACAGGCACCGGAAGUGACGAAUAAAGACGAAGCCAUAAAACUGGUGUUGACCGGAAAUUACGCCUACUUAACUGACCAAUCUCAGUUACAGUUUUUACAGAAAGAAGAUUGUGAUCAGCUGAUUUUAGGAGAGGAACCCUUUAACUCGGGUGGAAUUGGCUUUAUUGUAACCAAGGGAUCACCAUUUUUACAACAGCUCUCUUAUAAUAUAAUAAAGCUACAGGAGGCUGGUUUGAUAAGCAAAUGGACACAGAAAUGGUGGGUUUCGACCGAGACCUGUACAGAGGAGAGCGUCACCAAUGUAGUACACAGUCUGGAGUUAUCGACAACGAGUGGACCAUUUAUAGCCUUUGCUGGUUCAACCAUGCUUGCCCUAAUAUGUCUAAUAAUAGAACAUAUCUGUUUCCGGUUCAAGGUACCAUGCGCAAACAAACAAAGAAAAAUGACUAUUGAUUCCGAAGACUCCAUCAGUAACGGAGAACUUUAAAUAACACAAGGGUGUAUAAUGGAUGUCGAUAUAAUUACAGACAUCAUAACGUUUACACAGUUUCGUAUUUUCUUUUAUAUUUUUCGACCAGCUGCUUGUACGGGUAAGACCCCCUGAUGCUUACUUAUAAUUCACAGAAGAAGGUAUAAUAGAUGUCGAUAUAA